UGCUGCUGUUGUGAUCGUAGCAGCCGGCUUACGGCGCGUCCAGUGUGUAUACGCAGCCGGAAUGAGCCAACGGCCCGCGCCACACUCUUAGUCGUUUUGCGCUUCCCACAACGCACAGUCGCCAUCGUCGUCGGUCGUCGACGGGUUGUGCGUUUUCUUUUGGUGUGUGUUUCGCUGUUUUGUUCGUAAGCUUCCUCGACGUGUAGGUUAAGUCGUGCGUGCAAGUGAUAAGACUGUCCGCGGGUGACCGGAUUUUGUUUGUACGCUUUAUUGCGGGGGUUUUGCGGGCUGCUGUGAGUGAUGUGAUGAUAGUGUCCCGAUCGUUUGUGUAUCCUUAACAAAAUUGCACGAGAUCGAUCACGCGAUUCCCGAAAGCCACGAGGUCGAAUAUCGCGCCAUACACAUAAUAGACAGCUCCAAAUCGUCACACACGUAACAGGUGAUCUGUUCAGUGAUUAGUACCGGCCACAAAACACAACCCCAGGAUGCCGGGAGAAGAGAAUGGUAAGGUACCGGCGGGACCUACGGGUCGCAUUCUGCCGGCCGACAGCUACACCUCGACCGAUCCAACCGUACCGGUAAAGCUACGCAUAACCAAGGAAGGUUUAUCCUCGCUCGACCCACUAUCCGUCCCGGACCUGAUGAACCGAACCGUGCGCGACCAUCCGGACCAUCCGGCCAUGGUAUUCCGCAACUCCCAAAAACAGUGGCAAACGGUCACCUACCGCGAGUACCGUGACCGGGUGUAUCAUAUGGCGAAGGUGUUUAUUAAGCUGGGGCUCGAACCGCACCACACAGUGGCCGUGCUGGCGUUCAACAGUCCGGAAUGGUUCGUUUCGGAGCUGUCCGCGAUCCAUGCAGGUGGUAUCAUUACCGGCGUAUACACGACCAACUCGGCCGAAUCGGUGCAACAUGUGCUGGAAAGCUCCCGGGCCCAGAUUGUGGUGGUGGACGAUGCGAAGCAGAUGGAGAAAAUCUGCUCGAUUCGUCAGAACCUGCCGAACCUGAAAACAGUCAUUCAAACGAUGCCACCGUACGCACCGUACGUCAAGCGGGAGGAUGGUUACUAUCGCUGGUCGGAACUGGAAGAAAUGAACGUCGAUGAUGUGGAGGAAGAGUUCCAGAAUCGUCUGGCGAACAUAGCCAUCAAUCAAUGCUGUUGCUUGGUGUAUACGUCAGGGACGGUGGGCAAUCCGAAGGGCGUGAUGCUCAGCCACGACAACUUCACCUGGGACUCGUACGCGAUCGGCAAACGGCUGCAUCAAAUUCGUUACGCCGAGGAGGUGCUCGUAUCGUUCCUGCCACUCAGCCACGUCGCCGCCCAGAUGGUAGACAUCUUCCUGACGCUGCAGUUCGCCUGCACCGUCUACUUCGCCGAUAAGGAUGCAAUGAAGGGAACGCUACUGAACACGCUCCAGGAAGCGAAACCGACGCGCAUGCUGGCGGUCCCGCGUGUGUACGAGAAGAUCCAGGAAAAGAUGCUCGCGAUCGGAGCGCAGAGCGGUGCGGCGAAGAAGCUGGUGGCCGGAUGGGCAAAGAGCGUUACGCUGCAGCAUCAUCUAGACGCGAUGGAAGGAAAGCCAACAAACUCCUGGCAGUAUCGACUGGUGAAGAACUACAUCCUGUCGAAGGUGAAAGAUGCGUUAGGAUUCAGCCGUUGCCUAACGCUAGCGACGGCGGCCGCUCCGAUGGACCGUGAGACGAAAAAGUACUUCAUGAGCCUCGAUCUACCGAUCAUGGAAGCGUUCGGUAUGUCCGAAACGUCCGGUGCACAUUCGCUGACCGCCCCCGAUAGCUACAACUUCGAUACGAUCGGUAAACCGCUGCUUGGGCUGGAGACGAAAAUCGACAAACCGGACGAGCGAGGCCACGGCGAAAUUUGUAUGCGCGGACGUCACAUACUGAUGGGAUACAUCGGAGAGGAGGGAAAAACGCACGAAGCGGUGGACGAGGACGGGUGGCUACAUUCGGGUGAUGUAGGAUAUUUGGAUGAGGCUGGUUUCAUGUACAUUACGGGACGCAUUAAGGAACUUAUCAUCACCGCGGGCGGUGAAAACAUCCCGCCAGUGCACGUGGAGAAUCUCGUCAAGAAUGAGCUACCGUACGUGAGCAACGCGUUCCUCAUCGGUGACAAGCGCAAAUUCCUUACCAUGCUGAUAACGCUCAAAACGCAGAUGAACCUCGACACCGGCGCACCGAAGGAUGAACUAACGCCGGAAACGAUCUACGCGCUCAAGGAGCUGGGUGUCGAGUAUGCAAAGCUAAGCGAAAUUCACGCCGCCGGUCCCUGUCCGAAGGUGCUGAAAGCCAUCCAGGAAGGUAUCGAUCGGGCUAACCUGAAAGCCAUCUCGAACGCGCAGAAGAUUCAAAAGUUUGCCCUACUAAAGUCGGACUUUUCCGUGCCCGGCGGUGAGCUCGGCCCUACGUUGAAGAUCAAACGUAACGUCGUGGUGGAAAAGAACAAGGACAUUAUUGAAAAGUUCUACUCGUAGAAGUGCCAUUGACUUGCGAAACAAGUGGUGCAAUUUCUUUUCGCGCGACCAAUUUUUGUUUUUCGAACGAAACGGGUUUUCCUUUGUUUUCCUUCGCUGUGUUUUUUUUCCUACUCCCGUUAGUGGUAACAUGUUUUCCAAAAUUUCCUAAUUCUUUAAACUAGCCUAUAAGUAUCGUAGCGAUGAGAAAAUCGACAAAACCUUAUAUAAGAGCAUUUCCAUUCUGCCUUGCUGCAGAACGGAAAUCGAUGGGACAAAGUGCGACACUAUUAAAUAACCGAGGGCACUUGCUGGCAGAUACGGGCUGGCGAGCAAUAAUGCCCCACCAUUCUAGCCCGCUACAUUGUUGCUGAUUGUGUGUUAGGGUUUAAGAGUAAGAGAUUCAACGAGCUCUGAAAUGAUUUCAGAUAAGUUUUUCUUCUGUUUUUUUUUGUGUUACUCUGUACCGUUUAUCGCGUAAGUUGUUUGGUGAUAUUAUACAGAUGCCGUUCACCCUCUUCCGAACGAAUCCUUCCUUCUGUUGGUAGAGUUGAGAAGGAUUCGUUAAAUGCGCGAGAUGGACGGUUUCUUAUUGAAGUUUUUCUGUUUCUGUUUCAUUUUUGUUGUUAUUAUGUUUGGUAACAUCAUGUACAAAGAUUCGUUCCGAUUCGUAUCUAAUGCAUUUAGUCAGUUAGAUUGUUCCGUGUAACAGUUACAGAUAGGAAGGAAAAGGUUCACGCUCAACAGCAGUACCAGGACAGACGCAUUAACCGUGAGUGAGAUGACUGUUGAGUGGGGUUCGUUAUUCACCGUGAACAAUAAAUUGUAAAAUCUUUGU